UUCACUGACACCAUGUCGUCUCAUCAGCAAAACCAGAAGUACAAAAAACAGACGAAACUGUCUCACUGUUUUCGGUAAGAUCUAUGGUCCACGCUGAUAUGUGUCAAACAGAGUUUACGCAGUAGUGGGUUAGUCCAGCCGGCUAUGCGCAGUUUGCCAGAAUCUGAACAGCAAGAGGAGGGACUUGAGGAAGCAAAUGACUCUACUACCAAACUGAUGCCAGACACUGCCAUUGCAGCGUCAGCAGACAGCCAUGACAGUGAAGAGAUAGCGCCAUCGAGUCUGUGCAAUAUGAAAGAUCCCUGUCUAGGAGCAAAGACAGCUGACGUUCUUCGAGGUCCUUUUCAGCCAACAGCUGAUUCUGUGAUUGGUGGAACAUUUCCUAAAAGACAGUUUGGUAAACAACAAAGGUGCUUUCAGUCAUCUUGGUAUGACAAAUUUGUAUGGCUAGAAUACAGUCCACAGUUGGACGCAGUCUUUUGCUUUUCCUGCCGUUUUGCAGAAUGCAGUGCCAGUGGUACAAUAGGUCGUCCUGAUCCAUCCUUUACACGGAAAGGCUUCAGAAACUGGAAGACUGCUCUUGAUGACUUUAGAAAACAUGAAUUGAGCUCAGUUCAUUCCUUGGCUUCUGGGAUGUGGCAUCAGGCUAGGCAUGUUGCGGCUACAGGUAGUUCUGUGGCACAAAGCCUUAGUGACGACUAUGCCAGAAGGGUAGAGCUCAAUAGACGAAAUCUCAGCAAAAUCAUACACACAAUUCUCUUCCUUGGUCGCCAGAACAUACCUUUUCGUGGACGUCAUGAAAGUGAGGGUUCCUUAAACAAAGGGAACUUCUUAGAGCUACUGAAUUUGAGAGCAUUAGAUAAUCCAGACCUUGCUUUACAUUUGAAAGGAACAUUUACCUAUACGUCGCCAAAAAUACAAAAUGAAAUCAUUGCAUUGUGUGGAAGAAGAAUUCAGCGUGGAAUAGUUGAGGAGGUCAGGAAAUCCGGAUGCUAUGGUUUAAUAUGUGACGAAACGACUGACAUUUCUCGUCAAGAGCAACUCUCAAUUUGUCUUCGAUAUGUUGACGAAACAGUAACAGUGCACGAACGUUUUCUAGGAUUUUGGCCUGUUAAGGAAACUGAUGGUGAGUCAUUGCAUAACUUUCUCAAGGACGUACUGAAAGAGCUCGGUAUUCCAGUAUGCAUGAUGAGAGCACAAUGUUAUGACGGCGCUGCAAAUAUGAGAGGACGAUAUAAAGGAGUUAGCACUAGGUUUCUACAGGACGAGAGCCGAGCCAUAUACAUCCACUGCCAUGCUCACGUAUUAAACCUAACCCUUGCCAAAGCUUCUACUUCUGUUCAGGAUGUUCGGAACAUUCUCGGAGUAGUGGAUUCCUUAUAUAAAUUACUGGAAGGGUCAGCAAAAAGGCACAUGCGAUUCAAGAACAUCCAAGAAUCCGUGGAUUCAGAAAACCCGGCUACCACUCUGAAAAGAAUUUGCGAGACUCGUUGGUCUUCUCGUUACCAAGCAGUUAAAGCCAUUAAGGUGGCUUUUAAAUCCAUAGUUCAAACCCUUCAAACUAUUGCAAGUGAUGAUGCAGAAUUAGGAGCAGACGCUGUGUCUCUUCAGAAGUCGGUUGAAACGUUUCAAUUCUACUUCUAUAUUUCUGUUCUAGAGGCAACUUUGGGGAAAACGGCUGUUUUAUCUGAAUUUCUCCAAGCAAAGCAUGUAGAACUAUUUGGAGUAAAGGCCAAAGUUUUGGGCACAAUUGAGGCGUUGAAUUGUGUUAGAGGGGACUUCGAGAUGAUUUGGAAGCAAACUGAAAAGCUUGCAGAGGAGCUAGAUCUAGAAAUGCCUCGUUUGGCUCGAAAACGGAAAGCAUCUGAGCGCUUAGAGUGGGGAAGAAGUGAACCAUAUUAUCCAGCAACGCCAAAAGACCAGUUCAGAAUGACUGUUAACGAACUUGUUGACACGAUGAUAAUGGAGUUGAGAGAAAGAUUUAACGAAAACAAUUAUGACGUUCUCACUGCUGUAGAGACUCUUUUAGCAGAUGCCUUGACAGAGACCAAACCAAACUUGAGUCUUCUUCAGACAGCUUGUCAGUUUUAUAGAAGUGAUUUUGACUAUUCCCGUCUACACCACCAGCUUACUGUCUUCUAUGGUGAAAUAAAGGCGAUAGCAUCUUCUCAUGGAAAAAGACAAAUAGAGUCCGAUUUACCGGCAAUACAGCAUAUUAGGCAGCUGUUUGCUGGAAAGGGUCUUAGAGACAGCUAUCCAGAAGUUUUAAGGCUUUUGCAAAUAUAUCUGGUAGUUCCAGUCUCAUCAGCAGAAUCUGAGCGUUCCUUUUCUACUCUCCGUCGUCUAAAGACUUGGCUUAGGAGUUCUAUGGAAGAAGAAAGACUUGCAGCUCUGGCCUUACUAACAGUUGAGAGAGAAGAGGUAUUGAAGUUAGAGGAAGCUAUUGAUGAACUCAUAGAAGAGUUCUGUGCAAGAGGAAACCGCAGGAUGAUUUUUCAGUAAAUAGGUGCUUGUUUAGUCUGCUCCAUACUGUAUAUAUGUAUACGAGUAAACGUAAUACUUUGUGGUCUGCAUUGUUGCUACUAAUACAAUUUUUGUCAAAGGGGCGUGUCAGUGUUCGGGUAUUUCA